UAUAGACUUACAGACAAACCAGUUUCACACACGUCACUCAAACACAGAAUAAGGAAAGUAUUUAAACUCAUCAGUUCAGGGAAAGAGAAACUGAAGUGUAGUUGAGCUGUUGUAUGUUUGUGUCUCUGUGUUCCUGCAGUAAAAUGGCAGAAGCCAGAAUUUCAGUGGAUCAGAAAGAGUUUAUGUGUGCAGUGUGUCUGGAUCUCCUGAAGGAUCCAGUGGCCAUUCCCUGUGGACACAGUUACUGUAAGAGCUGUAUUACAGACUGCUGGGAUCAGGAGGAUCAGAAGAGAGUCUACAGCUGCCCUCAGUGCAGACAGACCUUCAGUUCAAGACCUGCUUUAGCUAGAAACACCAUCUUGGCUGAAAUGGUGGAGAAACUGAAGAAGACCAGACUCUCUGCUGACUGUGACGCUGGAGAUGUGCAGUGUGACGUCUGUACUGGAAGAAAAUACAAAGCCGUCAAGUCCUGUCUGGUGUGUCUGGAGUCUUACUGUCAAACUCAUUUUGAGCGUCACGAGGAGUAUCAUUCACGUAAACCACACAAAGUGACUGAAGCCACUGGACGACUGCAGGACAUGAUCUGCCAGAAACAUGAGAAGAUCCUCGAGGUUUUCUGUCGCACUGAUCAGAAGUGUAUAUGUCUGCUGUGUACGAUUAUUGAACAUAAAAACCAUGACAUUGUACCAGCUGAAGACCAGAGGACAGAGAAACAGAAGCAGCUGAAGGAGACGCAGAAGACGCUCCAGCAGAGAAUCCAGCAGAGAGAGAAAGAUCUCCAGCAGCUGAGAGAGAUUGUGGAGUUUCAUAAGGUGAGUCUGGAGAAG